CGUCAGGGCGUUGGAGCAGCUCCUGUGACAGACCGAGCUGGAGCGGCGGGGCGGCGGCGGAGUCCGGCGGCCGAGAGAGCAAGUGAGCGAGCGGACGAGAGCGGAAGGUCUCAGGAGCGGCGAGGAGCAGGAGGGGAGCGCUCGGGCGCGAGCCACAGGACCUGCGAGCGCCGGGCGAGCGCUCGAGCACCGGAACGGCCGAGCAGCCCGGCCGCGGCCCUCCCCUCCCCCUCCCCGGGCCCGGGCCCAGCGCGCCAUCCUUCCCCUCCCUCCUUCCCUCCCUCCCUCCUUCCUCCCUCCCCUGUCCCUUCCCCUCCCCCGCCGGUGGAUGGGAGUGAAGGACGGAAGCGGCCCUGCGAAGGCGGCGGUGCAGCGCUCCGGUGGAAUGAACCUUACUUGCUGAGUAUUUCCUGGUUGCUGGUUGGAUUCACAUUUCAAGAAUUAUUUUCCCCUCUGUGGAAGCCACUUAGUGGCAUAUUUAAUUAUAAAUCUAGGGAUCACAAAGCUUUUGAUUUCCCGGAAGGACAUACCACUAUAUCAAAUAAGCUUGACAUUACAGCCAAAAUGGUGCUGUCCCAGAGACAACGAGAUGAACUAAAUCGGGCUAUAGCAGAUUAUCUUCGUUCAAAUGGCUAUGAAGAGGCAUAUUCUGUUUUUAAGAAGGAAGCUGAAUUAGAUAUGAAUGAAGAAUUAGAUAAAAAAUAUGCUGGUCUUUUGGAAAAAAAAUGGACAUCUGUUAUCAGAUUACAAAAGAAGGUUAUGGAAUUAGAAUCAAAGCUAAAUGAAGCAAAAGAAGAAUUUACGUCGGGUGGUCCUCUUGGUCAGAAACGAGACCCAAAAGAAUGGAUUCCCCGUCCACCAGAAAAAUAUGCAUUGAGUGGUCAUAGGAGUCCAGUCACACGAGUCAUUUUUCAUCCUGUGUUCAGUGUUAUGGUCUCUGCUUCAGAAGAUGCUACAAUUAAGGUGUGGGAUUAUGAGACUGGAGAUUUUGAACGAACUCUCAAGGGGCAUACAGACUCUGUACAAGACAUUUCCUUUGACCACAGUGGCAAGCUUCUGGCUUCCUGUUCUGCAGAUAUGACCAUUAAACUAUGGGAUUUUCAGGGCUUUGAAUGCAUCAGAACCAUGCAUGGCCAUGACCACAAUGUUUCUUCAGUAGCCAUCAUGCCUAAUGGAGAUCAUAUAGUGUCUGCCUCAAGGGAUAAAACUAUAAAAAUGUGGGAAGUACAAACUGGCUACUGUGUGAAGACAUUCACAGGACACAGAGAAUGGGUACGUAUGGUACGGCCAAAUCAGGAUGGCACUCUGAUAGCCAGCUGUUCCAAUGACCAGACUGUGCGUGUAUGGGUUGUAGCAACAAAGGAAUGCAAGGCUGAGCUCCGAGAACAUGAACAUGUGGUAGAAUGCAUUUCCUGGGCUCCAGAAAGUUCAUAUUCUUCCAUCUCUGAAGCAACAGGAUCUGAGACUAAAAAAAGUGGCAAGCCUGGGCCAUUCUUGCUAUCUGGAUCCAGAGACAAAACUAUUAAGAUGUGGGACGUCAGUACUGGCAUGUGCCUUAUGACCCUUGUGGGUCAUGAUAAUUGGGUACGUGGAGUUCUGUUCCAUUCUGGGGGGAAGUUUAUUUUGAGUUGCGCUGAUGACAAGACUCUACGUGUAUGGGAUUACAAGAACAAGCGAUGCAUGAAGACCCUUAAUGCGCAUGAACACUUUGUUACCUCCUUGGAUUUCCACAAGACGGCACCCUAUGUGGUUACUGGCAGUGUAGAUCAAACAGUAAAGGUGUGGGAGUGCCGUUGAUCAAGUCUCAUUGGGUCCUUCCUCCCUUUACUCCUCUGGAUGCACUCUGAUGAUACCAUGGUUACCCCAUUGAGCUCUGUUUAAAUAAAUAUUGUCCUUUCAUGUAAAUUAUUCUGGAUGUAGAUUGAGCUUAUUAAAUGUUACACACAAAGUAUUCAUGCAUGGUGAAUCCAAAUUGUAUACUGUAAAUUUACAUACGUUGUCUAGAAUUACCAUAGGGUUUAAAAACCUGGGCUGGCAUUGGUCACACCAGGCCUACAAGGGCGGAAGUUGAAUAAAUUGAGUUAGGGGCACUGAACUGAAUAGUUGACAGUGUCGUUUUAUGUUGGAUUAUUAAUUAUUGUUUUUCUUCCUGCUAUCUGUUGGUGCCUGACUUGAUGGCCUCAUUUUGGGGAAAAUGGUGGUUAUUAGGGCUUUUUCUGAAAUGUGUAUCUAUGUAACAUCACUUAAGUGUGCUUAAUAAAUCUUAAAGGAUGUUAGAUAAUAAGACUGCAAUUCAAAAUCUUUUGAUCCAUCUAUGUAAUUAAUGGGGAUUACACAUUGAAAUUUUUGUCUUGACCCUUUUGCCAAAUCAAUAGGAUAUGUUUGUUUUGGCAGCCUAUCAAGCAAAGGCUAGUGGUAUAUUUAUGUAAGAAAAUGAUUAUAAAUCUCAAGAAAAAUCUCAGCAGCUAAUAGUGAAUCCUUUUUUUUUUUUUUUUUUCUCCUUUUUUUCCAUUUGGGUCUUAAUGCUUUGUAAACAGUUCUGAAAACACUGUCAUACUCUAAGCUUCUAUUUUCCACACUAGACAGAUUUCAAGUUGUAUUCUCCAUACUGUUAGAUUGUAUAGUGACGUGACUUCCAAGUAGAUUAAUCUUUCCAUUGAGUGUCAUGGUACAAAUCACUAUUUGUUUAUGAUGUUUCUAGGGAUGUGCAAUGUGCAUUUCAUAAGGACAGAAAUACUGAAAAGGUUAUGUUUGCCCAUUUUACAGGAGUGGAAGAAAUAUAGCAGUUUUUCAACAUGAAUCUGAUAACAAUUUGAACUGUUUGACUUACAGGUUAGAAAAUGACAGGGUUUAUUGGAGGUGCAUAGAAAUGUACUGGGUUUUUUUUUCAUCUUUUGUUUAUAUAUAAAUGUUUAUAUGGACCUAUCUAUAAGUGGAUAAGUCUGUAUAUGUAUAUCGCACACAUAAAGCCUCCAUGUUGUUGGGUCUUGGGUUUUUGAAGAAGUGCUAAAACAUACUAGAAGAGUAAAUCUUACUGUGGAAUACCACAGCCAUGCUUUAGAACAAACCCCUUUCAUGCUAAUGUUUCUGAAAACUAGGUCUCACUCUGAAGGGGGCUUUUCUUAGCUAAAGGAAAGUCACUUCCUCUAUUUCCCCCUCUAAUGUGGCCUUUCAGCAUUUUAUGCGUCCCUGAUAUGUUGUAUAUUUUGAUCCAAAGUUACUACAGUAGGUGUAAAAGAAUUUUAUCCAUGACUUUAAAAACACUACUCCAUUGUCAGUUGUUAAUAAAGAAUUCCAUUGCUUAGCUAACAUUUUUUAAAGAAAGUCAUUUGAAAAGUUAACAGAGACAAUGUAAUAACAAUGACAGUUUAACAAAGAUAAUUUUUUUCUGAACUGCAUUUUAUUCAUUUGUGUAAUAUAUAAUUUUUAAGUGUCCCUUUUAGUAUUUAAUGGAAAAUUGAUUCUUGAAAAGGACAGAGGGUAAGAGUUAAUGUCCCGUAGAUACACACAUAGAGAUUAGGCCAUGUAUUAACUAGAAGCAGCUUUAUGUCUAGCUUGUGUCCUUUUGGUUGUUUACUUGUUUUUAAUAUUCUUAAAGAGAUGUCUCUGGAAAGGAAAGUGUUUUGAGAACUAAAUGGCUAUUUUUGAGGACAGUUACAUCUUGAUUCCAUAUACACUGUAGGUUAGCUUUCAGAACAAUAUAUUUCCUCACAGCCCUGCUUACAUUGAGAAGUCGUGUCUCUUUCUACCCCCCCAUUCUGACUGGAUUUUUCUCCAAAGUUAUGGAAAAUGUCUGUGUUCUCAUUUGCUGCUAUUUCCUAUCCUAUUUCAAGAAAUAUAAAUACAUAGAAAUGGUGCAUCUUAACAUUUAUUUGUACAUGUUUAAAUGUCUUGUAUUUUAAUUCAGUUUUAGCAUGUAGUACAUGAAUUGUUUAAGGGUAAGCCACAACAUCUAAAAAUCCACAGAAACAAACAGUAAUGAAAAAGUGGUACCAAUGUAGAGGAACAAAGCUGCUGUUCCUAGUGUCUUCCCCUGCAGCACAUAGUCACUGACAAAGGAGGAGGAACAGUUAUCUGUCAACAAAGCUAUCCUUACUUGGGAGAUUGCCACAGCCUGCUGCUUAGUUGAGUUACCAGACAUCCUCCACUUAAGAAGCAGCAAACAUUGAAUCUCAGGGAUGGUCCACAACUGGAUCCAAAUGUAACGAGCCCUGUUUGAAUAGUGAAAGGGAGUGGGGGAGAGCAAUCCAGCCACAUCUGGCAUCAAGUUUGCAAAGGUUUCCUGCGCUGUUGUUUGACACUGCCCUGUUGAUGCCCUUUCUUACUCUGUGCUCUGUUUUCUCUGUCUGCUGUCUAACCCUGUGCCUUGCCUGGGAUAAGGACAAUGAUGAGGUUCCUGGUUUGGGUUAUAAGUAGAGGACUGUAUGAAUUGGUUAGAGGUUCACUGCUGCUUUGUCACUUUCUCAAAUCAGAUUGGCCACUUAUUAAGAAAUAAAAAGCUGGUAGAAUUGCAUUCUCAGAUGAUUAUUGACUUUGUGUGUGUGUGCGUGUGUGUGUAUGUAAACAGACAUUCCAGUGCCCAAGAAGUCCUGCCUGCGCUCUGGAGAGUGCAUGCCACGGAAACUGUGGUAUAGACAUGGCUUGGAGAAUAGUUGCUUUUAACAUGGCAUCUUGCACUUUAGGAGACUUAAGACCGUUCCUGUUUUGUGUGCAUGUGGUGUGACCAAUGGUGUGCCUAGAGCACUAUCCAGAAUCACUAGUGUUAGCAAGUCGUCCCAGGCUGUGGAGCAAGCACUGUAGUCCUUUGGAAGCUUUGGCUCUAGAUUCACCAAGCCCAGUCUCUUUACUGUCAGUGCCCUGCUCUCCUGUUGGCCUCUUUCUGUUUCUGUGUGAACUUUCAGAUAUCACUAAAUGUUUUUUUUUUUUUUAAGUUAAAGAAAAACUUUAAAAUUAAGGACAUUUUUGUUUGUUGACAGUGGUGGCUUGAUAAGCAACUGAAGUUGAAAAUGGAAGGAAAAGGCACUUAAAAUGGUUAUUCUUUCUGUCCAGCUGUAUAUAAAUCCAAUGUGUUGAUUAAUCUAGAUGAUGCAAAGAAGAAUCUCUUGGUAGAGAAGCAACAUGGACAAAUUCGAAGAAAAGGCUUUAGGUUUUUUUUCCAGUGGGGUGGGGGUGGGGGUAAGCUGGAUUUACAAGUCACAACUGGAACUGGCCUUUUUAUCUUUCCACAAUAUCAUGUAAGCAGCUGCUUUCUUGUCCUGCCUAUCCUUCAGGCAUCCCUAAAGCUCACUCUGAAGAUGUUAGAAAUAAACACAAAAUCUUGGAGUUAAAAGUUGAUCCUGACACUGACAUGAAGGCGAGCAUUGAUUUCGUAUGAACAGAGGUGGUAAUUGGAGAAAACAGUUCCCCAGAUUUUAAGAGUUCACUGAAGAUAUUGACACAAUUUAAAAAAAAAAAUCAGUAAAGGAAUGUAUAUAAUAUUGCUCUUGUGUUUUACAGUAAGAUUUGUUGCUCUCAAGACUGUGUAAAACAAAAUUUAUUCAUGUUUUCUGCAUAUUAAAAAAAUCUUAUUGUACCAAUUGGUAAACUAUUAAAUGCCUAUAAAACUA